CCAAAAUCCCAUCAUUUCAAUAUGUAUAGAUCCUCAUAUAUGUCCAUGUUAAAGGAAACUUUGCCAUAAAUGCCUUUAUAGUCAUGGAGUAGAUAUCAACAAAUUAACAAUUCCUAUAGAGCAAUUCCAAGAAUUGGCUUUCCAAAAAUUACAAGACUAUAAGCUCGACCAGACAGCAGAGUUAAACAAAUAGAGGAUGGCUUUUAAAUCUGUCUUAUCUAAAACUGAA